UCUUGUUUCUAUUGCCUGUGCUUUUCAUUGUGUUUCCAACUUAAUGAUUGGAACAUUAACCUAAGGAAUAUUGGAAAACCAAGCAGGAGAUUAAGAAGAAGAAAAAGAAUCUAAGGAUUUAAAGAAUAAAAUUUGCAAAAGUGAUUCCCCGAAGAGGUUAUCACAGGAUCUUCAGAUUCAAAUUCAUCGCAUAGUACUGUGACCCUUUUUCUUGAAUCGGAAAUCAAAUUGGAAAUUCAAAAAAAGAAAAAGACAUCGAUCAUUUUAGCAGGUUUCGAGCCAGUAAGCUGCACUCAAAAUCAUUGUAUCUAUAAUGUUAUACUUUGUAUAACAUGUAUAAAGUUUUGUUGUCGAAAGUGUUUUAAUUCAGACUUUAGUUAAUGAAUAAAAAAAGUUACACAUAUUUUUUUAAUUUUAACAUAUACUGCCAUGAGAGAAGGAAAUGAAUAUGCAUUAUAUAUUUACAUCUGGAAUAAGGAGAAGCAAUUAAAUUGAUGCUAAGAUUGUACUUGAGAAAUCUGCGUGAUGAGGAAUUUGUCAUCACAAAGAAACAAUACUUGUUGUUUUUCAUGUUACUCUUCCUACAUUGCAUUAAAAUGGAAGUAAUACCUGGAAAAAGGAGAGAUAGUUUUAUAUAUGUAUAUGACGGAUAUAAAUAUAAUAUUGAUAAAAGAUAUACUCAUGUAUAUCGCUGUGCAAGAAGACGCAGUCAUUUAUGUAGAGGCGUAUUAAUGGUACAAAAUGAAAAAUUUACUUUAGGAAAUACACAUAAUCAUCCAAGUGAGCCUCAUGUUAUAGAUGUUUUCAAAUUAAAAAGAGAAAUGAUUCAAAUGUCUAAACAUACCACUGCAACAUCCAAAGAAAUAUAUGAUACAAUUUCUCAAAAGAAUCAAAGUGCAGCAGCAAAUAUUUCAUAUAAUGCAAUGAAAACUCUGUUGUCAAGAGAAAAAGUUAAAAUGCGACCUCCAGUACCUUCAAGUGUUUGUGAUUUAAAUGAUUUACUUAAAGAAUAUGAAUUUACAAAACCUGUUUAUAAAAGCUGCAUUAUAUCUGAAGACAACAAAUAUUCAUAUAUUUUCACUACUGAUAAACUUUUAAAAUUAUUAGAGAAGAGUUCUGAAAUUUAUGUAAAUGGAACAUUUUCUGCUAUACCCAGAAUGCCAAAGUUUGUCAAAUUAUUUUCAGUACAUGUGCGAUACAUGGAGAAGGGUGUUGUAGUAUUACUUAUUCUAUGUGAAGCGAAAACAGAAUUUGUUUACAAUUCGAUAUGGAAAGAAAUAGUUAAAUUGGUACCUAAGUUGCAAAAUAAUUUACGUUUUAUAAUAAUGGAUUAUGAAAAAGUAUUAAUGAAUACUCUUCAUAAACAAUUUCCUCAGGCAUCUUUAUAUGGCUAUUGGUUUCAUUAUUGCCAAGCAGUUUUGAAAAAAUGGAUACGGUUAGGACUUACCAUACCGCAUAAGGUAGUGUCCAUAGCAAUGGCGUUAGCAUUAGCACCACCAGAAAUGUUUUCACAAGGUUUAAAUCUUAUGCAAAUAAUUACGAAUAAAGAAUGUUAUUUUUAUCCUAAUAUGUUACUUUUUAUGGCAUAUAUGAAAAGUACAUGGCUCUCAAUAUUAGAAAAAGUUUGCGUAUAUCGCUGCCCAAAUAGGACUACUAACUUUGUAGAAUCGUUUCAUAAUAUCAUGGGACAUAAAAUGCAAACGGUUCAUCCAAAUUUAUGGAUAUUUUUAAAUAAUGUUUCUAAACUAAUUAUGAAUCAAGAAACCAAUUACGAUCGUGUAAUAAACGGUCAACAAAUGACAAACAUCCGUUUUCCAUCUAGUAUGUUUAGAAAUACAAAAAUACGAGACGCACAAAAUUAUUUAUCUUCUGGUCUUUUUUCUUUAGAACAAUUUCUGCAAGUUUUUGAUAAUGAAAUGAGUUAUCAGCAACAUCAAAUGUCAUCAUUAAUUGAUCUCAAUGUUGAAGACGAGGAAAUAUAUGCUGAUUUGCUUACAGAAGAAACUGUUAAUUCAGUUUCAACUUCUGAGUUUCAUAUCGAAAAAAGAAUCAGAGACGAAGAGGAGACGAACGAGAGAACAAUUUCAACGAAGUUGAAGCUAGGAAAAAAAAAGUUCAGGGAAAUACUCACGAUAACACAGUUGAAGAUAUGGAAAAAGAAAUUGAGCAAAAUAUUUACGCUAAUGAAGUUGAAGCUAGGGAAAAAGAAAUCGAGAAACAUACUUAAAAUAAUAAAGAACAUAUUCACGAAGUGUCUGAAGAUGAUUAUGGAUACUGGUUUAUUAAAAAGAGUACAGAAAAAGGAAAUGCUCCAUUUUUUUCUGUAAAAAAUAUAAAAUGGAUUACAGGUAAAAGCAGAUACAUAAUGAAAGAAAAUGUACCAUAUGUUUAAAUGAAAAAUCUAACAUAAUCUUUGUAUCACGUGGACAUGUUGCUUCAAAAUUACGUACAGAAAUUAAAAUAUGAUGUGAAUAAGAUGUCCUAUUAGCAGUAACAAUUACCAUCAGUAUUAUCAACGAUAAAUAAUACCAUAAAUCAGAUAAAGAGUUUCAAUUUAUGAAUAUCCCUAUCUACAUUGUGGUUUUGAGAAUAAAUUUUUAUUUUUAUUAAGAGCUUUUCAGCUAUAGAUGACAUAAUGAAAGACACUGUCAGACACAAGAGUGCGAUGUAAAAUUGUUCAUUGUUUGAACUGCCCAAUUUUUUAUCUUUCCUAAAUAGUUAAUAGCUAUGACAUACAAAUCACGAAAACUAUAAAGAAUUGGUCCCUGGGACCAAUAAGAGACCGGAUCAUGUAAUCAAUUUACCAUUCUCUUUCCAUUCUCUAGUGUAGAACUGUCAUGAUGGAUAAAGUCAUUAUACAUUAAGCUUACUCAACACUUAUCACAGCAAAUCAAAAGCAUCAAUGAUCAUGUUUAGCAAUAAAAAUUGAUCAAAAUAUCUUAAGAUAUUAAGGAUGAUGUUCCAUGAUAGUCGGCACUUCAGAAAACAGAAUCUUAAAAGAAUAAACUGGAUAUAAUAUAUAUCCAAAAUAAAAAACGGAU